AGUAAAAGGUCGGCUCUUUUUCCUUUUCUUCCACCUUUCAUUAAUCUCAAAGUACAAGCUGCUGCUUAAUGUUUAAUUACUGAAUCUUGCAGGGUAAUUCAUGUAGAGAAAAAUAUUUGAAUGAUGAUAAUUAGCCCACGUGCCAAGUUGCAUUACAAUCGUACCAGGUGAACUUAUGUAUUUCAAGUAAAAAGUUCAAAGGUGAGACAAAAGGAUAAAAGCCAUGCAGUCAUGUUAUUUUACGUCAGCGAUGUAAUUAAAAAUCCGUAGAGAACUUCGGCGGACACACGAUGCCAGGCAAAAGGAAAGCUUUGCAAUCUAAUUCUUCCAAGAUGAAACUAAGCCUGUUUUAGAGUUUGUCUUCGUGCCUCUCUCGCAAACUAUUCUGAAUAUUAUUUACAGCUGCAAAAACUUCAAUUUUCGAGGGGUAGGGGGUGGGAGGGAGGGAGGAGGUACACGGAGAGAGACUUUAGUCUAUCUUUACUAAUCCGCUUCUCUGUUGAACAAAAGCCGAACUUUUUUCCAGUCCCCCCUUUGCCUUUUUCUGAAGUUCAGUUCACAAAAGCUUGUCUAAAACGACUUUGGGUGUUCUAAACGGCUAUAAAUCAUGCUCUCGUGAACAGUGAAAACAUUUUUACAACCUUUUUUAGAUGCGGAUUGCUGCAUGAACAAACUUUAGACAAUUUUGUAUCAUAAUUUUAGAAGGGGGUUGGGAAACUGGAAAAUUUCGUAGAAAUCUGUUUACGAGUGUUGAGCCGAAACGUUUAUCUGAAAAGAGUUUGGGAUGGAUAUGAGAAACUGAUUUUAUAGAAAGAACACUAAACUUGCGGAUUAGAAAGUCUAUUUUUCUGAUCGAUAAAACUAUAGUUUUAGUCCACCCUAUUUGAAAUUUUGAGAGUGAUAUUUGCUUACACUUAAAACGCGGAAGGAUUAACACGCAAAAUCCACCAGCAAAAGAUCAAGAAACAAGGGCGGAAACAAAAGUGAUCACGGAAGCACUGGUGGAAAUAUUGCAUUGAACCCCCCGAAACACAAACCGACAGAAGUUUACGUUCGACUAAUCAGUGGGGAAAACUUGGAAACCGACAAGCAACAGAAAAACAUGUUCUUUUGCGUGUUUUACGUACACGACGGAGCGAGUAGGUUUCGAAUCAACAAAUCAACUACUAAAAGCUACCUUCAAACUCCAGAAGUGCAGAGCCGUUCGGGGAACCCAAAAUGGGACUGUUUUGAAGAGUUCCCAGUUAAAACAGAGAAAGACUACCUCACAAUUAAAGUGUUCAGAGACAGGACCAAGCUGGGCAGGAUUAACAUACCAGCGUGGGAGAUCCCGCUGGAUAAGGGUCAAACAUUUACUCUUCCUUUGAAUUCUAAGCCCAAAAGGGCCCUGGCACCAACUUUCCGAGAUGCCAAGGAGGGUUCGGUCCAGUUAGAAACUUAUGUCAGCAAACAUGAGGCGUUUCAGCUACCACCUCACGGACCCAAAAGGGAUAAAUUUAUCCAGGGAUACUUCAAAGCAAUGAGUAAUAUCAAAGAUGUGGCUCUACUCAGCACUGGAAGCGCCGCAACCGCCGCCUCGGCGGUCCUCAACGACAACGACAACAACGAGGCGGCGAUUCUGACCUUUCUUCCAACGAGCAGUCCAACAGCUUCACGAACCAAAGUCCACAUUAGAGGGCGAGGUCUGGGAAAGUCAAAAUCGGACAUCAAGAGUAUCCAUAUAUGUGGACUCGACGUGACUGCGACUCUGGAACAUCUAAACUCGACCAGUUUGAAAGUGACGACUAGCUUCUGGAAGGAAAGCGUGGGAAAAAUUAAGAUUGUGUUCAUGGACGGGACUGUGAUUGAGUCAAGUGAGACAUUCGAGUUCCUGGGAAGAGACAACGACGUCAAUAGUCUAGUACCCGGCCACACUCGACCGAGCCAGACAUCGAUCUAUACGGAGUUCGUGCCCCGCACUAACUCGAGUGUGAGUGGGGGAGGGGGUUCCGAGUACCAUGGCAGCUCCAAGAGGGACUCCAUGCAGGCCUUCACUGGCGAGAUAGACUUCCCUCACCACGAACACAUUUUAGAACGAGGCACUGAUGACGAGAUGCGACAGAACUACCAAGUGUUGAUUGGACACGCCAAGGUCCAACAGGAACACUUGGUGGACUCCAUGCGACAUCGGGAGAAGCUGAUGAUGGUGAUCAUCGAAGAGGCACCGCACCUCAUGGCCAAGACACAGGACGUCAAGCGCAAGACCAGUGGCAGGGCCACACGAGGUGCCAAUGCUAUUUCGACUAAAAGGAAAAAUAGUAAAAUCAGUUUGGAGCCAACUAUCGAAUUAGACGAAAUAUCAUCAACGUCAUCGUCGUCAUCCUCCUCGUCUUCAUCUAUCACCGAAUUUGAAGGCAGUAUAAAAUCAUCUCACAUCUCGAAAAAAUCGAGAAGAAAAAGUGAAAGCAGCACGAAAAAGUACAGAAGAGUAAGACGGAAAGUAAUACCGGCAGACCAAAAAUCUAAGAAUCACCCGUCCAGGCACGCCUCCCCGUCUAACAAAGCAGUGAACAAAGGUGAUCGCGAAUCAACCCCUAAAACAAAGAAAAGGACAUCUAUUGCAUGCAUGAACAAAAAACCGAUUAAAAUUGAUCGCAAAAAGGAAAACCCUAAAAAUGGAAGUAAUAAAGCUAGUUCCAAAAAUACCGCACCUAAAAGCACUGUAGCAAAAUCAACAGAAAAUGAUAAAAACAGCUCGAAAGAUUCAAGAAAAAUUGUUCAAAAGACUAAAAAAUCGACUAAUACAAACGAUAAAGAUGCAAGAUCUAAAGGGUCCCAAACAUUCAGAAGUUUGCCUUUUGUGCCCUCUAAGAAGAAAUCAAAGAAGACAGAGAAAUAUUCCGACUUGGAGGUGAUAAAAGAAAAACGAAGAAACACUAAAGUUUCUGUGGAUAGUUAAAAUUUAUAUGAUUAUCUUCAAACCAGUUCGCCAGUUCUCUUCAAUCGCUUUUUCAAAUCACUCUGCUUAAUUCUUUUUGACAAUGAAUCAGUAAAUUGAUUUCCAUCCAGUAAAUUUGAAAAUUCUCACUAUAAUUUCUAACAUGUUUGAAAUUUAUCGGACAGAAUUAAAAUCAGUAAAUGUGUGCGUGAAUUUCAGUAUAUCAGAGAUGCGUUCUGUGGUGAAAUUUAACC